GGGAGGGAGAGACGCAGGGAGAGAGGCAGGGUUUUUUGUUUAUUGCAAUUCCAACCUUUUUCCUUCACUCCCUUCUGAUUUUAACCCGGAAUACAAACUGGAAUUAAACGGACUUUAGUGGAAAUUCAUCAUUUGUAUUAACAGUUUGGAUUUAUAUAACAAAUGGACUACAGAUCAAGACAACAAUGGUUAACUACCUUUUUAACAUAAAGGUGCACUGGUCGUUAUGCUGUAAGUGUUGGAUCCAAACUGAGUAUAUACACCUUCAUCACCUGAUUAAAACCUGUUCCAUACAUGUUAUGGCCGGCAGUUUAAAACACAAUAUCCCACAAUUUUCCAUGAUAUGACUGGAUCUAGAGGUGACCAUCUCACCUACUAUGAUGGAAACUGGCCUGUCACCUUCCACAGACCCUUUUCACCUUAACACCAACAGCUAUGUCAAUAACAGCAACAACAACUGGAGUGGCCUCCUCGAUGCCGACUCACUGAGGAGCAAUCAAACCCUCCAUGGCCUCCUCCACAACACCCUGCUGGGGGUCUGUUUGGGACUUCUUUCCCUCCUUACAAUCAUGAUGAACUUGCUCGUCCUCUACGCCGUGAAGAGAGAGAAGAGCCUCCACACUGUCGGGAACCUCUACAUUGUCAGUCUGUCUGUGGCAGAUCUGAUCGUGGGGACCACAGUUAUGCCUCUAAACCUGGUGUAUUUGUUGGAGGAUGAAUGGAAGCUGGGACGGGCUGUCUGCCAAUUCUGGCUUAUAACAGACUACGUGGCUAGCACAGCCUCAAUUUUCAGCUUGUUUAUCCUGUGUUUGGAUCGGUACCGCUCUGUCAGACAGCCUCUUAAAUACCUGAAAUAUCGAACGCGAGGAAAAGCCAGUGUGAUGAUUUCUGGAGCCUGGCUGCUGUCGAUGAUGUGGAUUAUUCCAAUUUUAGGAUGGAGAUCUUUCACUCAUGUAGACCGUAAACCUGAGGAGGAGAACAAGUGUGAUACAGAUUUCCGCUUUGUCACAUGGUUCAAGGUAAUUACUGCCGUUUUCAACUUCUAUGUACCCUCAAUAUUGAUGCUGUGGUUUUACACGCACAUCUACUUGGCAGUAAGGCAACAUCUCAGGGACAGAGAGAAAAUCAUUCAUCCGACCGACUCAUUUGGGGAAAAUGAGAAUGGACAAAAUGGGGAAAAUGCCCAAUCGCCCGUGAAAUAUGACUCCAAAUCACCCAAGAGUGAGGGUGUUGUUACAAUGAAACUCUCUAAAAAACAACGCUUGUUGGACCAGAACACUCUAGAUCAGCCAUAUUCCCUUGAGGAUUCCAAUAAAACAAAAACUGCUUCGUCCAGAUCUCACAGAAAAAUUGGGGUAAACUGCCGGAAAGCGUCAUUGCUUGCCAUGACAACAAAACGACUCCGAAUGGCACAAAAGGUCAAAAGGUGCUCGUUGUCUCCUGAGGAGAAGCCGUCAGAUACUGUGAUUCCCCUCAGUGAAACUUCGGUGCCACAGGACAUGAUUUGCUCAGAGGGUAGUAAUGAGAACAAACUUCAAGCGUCUUUAAAUGAAUGUCACGUCACAAUGCCAAAUUCAGUGAGCGGCGUCUGUGAUAUCAGUCAGGUGUCAGACGUGCAGAGAUACACUUCUUUGCUCUACAACCUCGACCACAGUCAUGCUCUGCCCUGGAAUGAAGAAGGGAUCCAAGAUGCCAAAUUGGACGCAGCUAAUGCAGUGACUCUAAGAAAUACAUGGCAAAGGUUCAUUGACCAUUCACGUCAGCGUAUCCAAAGCCUGAGGAUCCACAAAGAGCACAAGGCUGCCAAGCAGUUGGGCUUUAUAAUCGCUGCUUUCUUGUUGUGUUGGAUACCAUACUUUAUAGCUUUCAUGGUCAUGGCGUUCUGCAAAGAGUGUGUGCACCAUGACCUGCACAUGUUCACCAUAUGGCUAGGUUACAUCAACUCCACUCUCAACCCUUUUAUAUACCCGCUCUGCAACGGGAACUUUAAACGAGUCUUCAAAAAUAUUCUCAACAUUCGUUUGUGACAGACAGUGACAGGCAGAGCAAAGA